AUGCAAGUGGUUAGGUAUAAACCAGAGGGACUUGAUAUAUUAUGCCGAAACACCAAGUUUUCGCGUAAAGAAUUACAGAUCAUGUAUAGAGGCUUUAAACAGGAAUGUCCGACGGGAAUAGUAAAUGAAGAAACGUUUAAAGAUAUUUAUGCUCAGUUCUUUCCUCAGGGUGAUUCCAGUCAAUAUGCUCACUACGUCUUCAGUACGUUUGAUCAUGACAACAAUGGUUCCAUCAGUUUUGAGGAAUUUGUAAUGGGUUUAUCCGUGUUAUCUAGAGGCACGUUACAGGAGAGGUUACAAUGGGCGUUUAAUUUAUACGAUAUAAAUCGAGAUGGUAUUAUUACUAAAGAUGAGAUGGUGGAUAUAGUGUCUGCUAUCUAUGAAAUGAUAGGGAGAUACUCAGAACUCUGUGAUGAACAUUCACCCAAAGAACACGUAGAUCAAGUAUUUCAGAAAAUGGAUCUCAAUAUGGAUGGGGUGAUAUCACUAGAAGAAUUUAUGGAUACGUGUAAAAGGGAUGAAAAUAUCACGAAAGGAAUGUCAAUAUUUGACACAGUGCUUUGA